AACACUAUCAUCCAUUCCGGUACACGCGUUGCAUGCCCAUCCGCUUCUGAAGCAGUGUUCGGGUGAAGCCCAUCAGCAGUCUUUGGGUGUUGUUUCGUCCAGUUGUCACCCCAAGAUCCAUGCCGUCCUUGGUGCGCGAGGUCGUUAGCCGUCACCUACAAUGCCGCCCGCCCUGCCCUCGCCGACCGACGGCAACCCGCCGCCGGUGGCAUACAUGUCCAAAUACCGCCUGGACUCGCAAGAGAGGCCUCCAAGUUACAGGCCUCCGGCAGACUUUCCCUCUCCGAACCAGAAUCACCAGGCCGAUCCCACGUUUCACAGACAUAGAGAUCUGGUCGACUCCAGCAUCCAGGAGGCCAAGCCCGAGGCCGUGCGUACUGCUGUCCGUCGCAAUUGGCAAAAGACGCUGAUGGGGUCGGCCUGGCACGAGGCCUUCAUACUCAAUAUCUUGAUCACAACCACAAGCGAGGAUGUCGUGGCCAAAACCGUCAAGCAGCUUGCCCACCUCAUUGCUCCAGGCUCGGCUAGGCACCUCAUACCUCAGUUCCAUGCGCCGGACUUCGACGCACUCGCCGACGACAUCCUAAACAGAUGUAGCGAUCAGUUCCUGGACAAGGCCCUCGAACGGCGCCUCCAGACCAUCGGUCCAAAGGCCUUGAUCAAUGCCCUUGCCAGAGCCGAGCGUCUUGGCUACGAGAAGGGCGACAUCCUAGACGAGAGUUCCGAAAGGAUCAUUGGUGGUAUGCCGCGGCCGCCGUUGCCCUUGCCACCCAAACAACAUCAACAGCCACCACCACCUCCGCCCCCUCACCCAAACUCAGCCGUGCCGCCGGCACCGUAUGUUCCCCAGCCGCAAGGCAUGAACACGUUCCGUUGUACCCAAUGCGGCGACAUAUUCGAUGAUAUAGGCGUGUACAACCACCAUGUCGCAAACCGCAUGUGUAGAGCGCGACCGGUCGACAAUCAGGGUGCCAAGUAUGUGUGUCCAUACUGCAACGCAGGCUUCAAGACCAAAGGUGGACUCAACUAUCAUGAGCUUAACAAGGUGUGCGGUCCCUCGAAACAGGCCUCAUUGCCGCCAGCACAACCAUCUACCCCCGUACCAGUACCACCAGGCCCUGUGUUCAACCACUACACAGGCCCCAACCUUCCCACCCCGACUCCUGCAUUUGCGCCACCACCAACAGCGGUGCAUGCAGCCAGCACGCCUCCGUCUUCGUCCGACCCGUACGCCCAUCUGACCCCUCAAGCCCGUGCCAGGAUGAACGAAGAAAUCAGACAGGCCGAGUUGACAUUUGCACCACGAAUCAAAGAGGCCGAAGCAAUCACAAACCCUGCUGAGCGGAAAACCAGGCUUGCAAAUCUGAACAAUAGCUUCAGCACGAGACAAAGCGUGAUCCGCAAGAGAUAUGGCGUCAGGCUUCGUAUCCGACGGACACGAGCCGAGAUCGAGGCGCAAAACGCUCGUAUGGGGAUUAGCAAUACCACGAGCGAGACCGAUGACCCGCCGUCUCACAAGAGACAGCGUGUCGACGGCGUAAACACCGCGUCCGCGUCACCUUUGCCGUCCAGUGGCCCGCCCAUACCCCGAGUCGCUACUGCGGAUAUAUCUGCGGGCUUAGGGGGCACAGCGGCCACGCCAGCGACGAUGGACCCUACGCGUGGAUUCACCAGCGUAAAUAGAGCCCAGCCCCCGCCGCAAACAAGCAACAGCCUAUCGUCGCUGCAGCAGAAAGGCUAUCGUGUCUCAUCACAUCUGGGGCAGAGUUCACCAGAAAGAGUCGCAUCAGAUCUUGGUGCCACGGGGAAUCCGAUUUCACUGAGUGACUCCGCGGGCACGUCCGGGUCCGAAUCGGAAUCAGGGGACUCGGGCGAUGACGAGAUACCUGCCAUAAUGCCAACUGGCAGAGCGACGGGAAGAUGAUUUGCGAGAGACGGUCGAAAAGAUCCCGAGCGUAGCGUUGAUGUCAAACCCGGGGGAGUUUUACUGAGCACA